AUGGCACGCUGCAUGCCCACUUCUGUGCUGCUGCUGCUGUUACCCCUGCUGUUGGGGACUGUCAGCUCUGCUCCUGUGGCGUCAAGACCCUCCAAGGAGGAGCUGACCCGGUGUCUGGCAGAGGUGGUUACCGAGGUGCUGAGCCUGGGUCAAGCCCAGAGAGGACCCUGCACUGCUCUGCUCCGCAAAGAGAUAUGCGAGACAGAGUCCCGUGGCUGUGUGUCCCCUGAGGAGAAAGGUCUGUUGGGUGGAGACUUCAAGAAGGAGGAGACUGGGGAGAUAAGGUCUGGCCAGGAGGUGAAGGGCGAGGAGGAGGCGGCAGAGAGGACGCACAAGUUUGAGGUCCAGGAACAAGCCAUCAAUGAGCAACUGCAUAGCCAGCUCCACCAGGAGGAGAGAGAAGAGAAAGAAGAGGAGGAAGAAAAGAGGUGGCCUGUUGAGACCUUUGAGGACCUGUGGAAGCAACGUCUAGUUGGUGCUGGGGGUCCCCAGAAGCGGGUGGCAGAGAAGGCCAGUGACGAGGAGACAGCCCGGUUUGAGGCGGAAAAGGGCUUGCAGGUGCUGGGUGGGGGCCGCAGCAUAUGGCAGGAGGGCGAAAGGGGCAGGGGGGAGGGGCACGAGGACUCCCAGCACCAUCGCCGCCACCAGGGACAGCCAGGCUCUGAGGCCAAGCAGGAGGAGGAAGAGGCCGCAGAGCAUGAGGAACAUGAUCUGGAGCGGCUGGAGCAUGUGCGGGAGGAGCUGAUGAAGGCCACAGCCAUGCUGGGGAAGGAGCUCAGGAGGGAGACCUGACCCCGGCCCUGUGCGUCCUCCCUCCCCACACAGCCUUAUGGCUCAGGACUGUUGACCCCAGAGCCCCCACUUUACCUGGCACCCACUCACCCCAACCUGGUGGAAGAGGGUGUGCCUUAGAAACUAGCCUGAGGGGGCAAGUCUGAGCCGUGCAGGGCUGGGUUCAGACCCAGCUCAGGAACUCCCCCACAGUACCCCCCCACACACCCCGAGUGAAUAAAGCACAAAGAAAACCACCACGCUGAGCGUGUGGCACUUGGC